AUGGCUGAGGCGUUGGUAUCUCUACGAGUCGUCAAGACCAUAGUGGGUCUCCUAGGCAUCAUUGGUAACUGGUUGGUGUGUGUUGUCAUCUAUCGUGUCCGCUCCAUGCACACCCUGACCAAUGCCUUCAUCGCCAACCAGGCUGUGGUUGAUUUCCUGGGCUCCUUGAUGCUUCUGUUAAGCAGUAACGUCCCCACCCCGUACCCCUUGGACCAAGAUCUUGCCAGUUGGCUGCUGUGUCGCCUCUGGGUCUCCGACAUCCUCGUCUGGGCUUUCUUCACCGCCUCCACGUUCAACCUGGUGGCGCUGACCCUCGAGCGCUAUUACGCCAUCGUGUUCCCGUUCCGCUACCAAAGGAACUUUCAAUCCUGCAAAGCCACAGUGGUGAUAGCCUGCGUGUGGGUCUUUGGUAUGGCUACCUGCGCGUACGGCAUUGUGAUUCACGUCAUUAACGAAGGCGGGCGAUGUGUGCAGAUCGCGGUGCCAGGGGCUCACGCCAUUGGUGUACUCUACCUCUGCAUGCAAUACUUCCUACCGGCUUCGGUUAUGUUCUUUGCCUACUCGCAUAUUGCCAUUGUUCUGAAGCGUAACGCGACCCGUGUGGGCCCUAUGCAGGCGCGUCGCCAGGACAGGGCUGGUGGGUCCGUCAGCGGCCAGCCAGCGGGGGAGGGAGCGGGCGACGCGAUGCUUCGCGCCCGUCGGAACACCAUCAAAACCCUGGUGCUCGUUUUCGCCGUCUACGUCGUGUGCUGGACCCCAAGCAGCGUCAUCUUCUUCAUGUACAACUUCGGCUGGCCCCUUGAUUUCAGAGGCGCCCUGUACAUCAUCAGUACAUCGAUGGUAGCCAUCAACUCGUGCGCUAAUCCGUUCAUCUAUGCCCUCAAGUACCAGCAGUUCAGGCGUGGCGUCAGGAGCAUGUUGGGCCUCACCCAAGACGCUGGACAGGAGACUACCGCCCACGAGAUGCAUUCGUACUCUACUGGUUCCACUGCCGCUGGAACCGUCUCAGCGCAAUGCCCUUAG